GUUUUUUCUAUUUUCACUGCAUUGUAAUACAGCCUAUAAAUAGUGAAAACGCAUACACAUAAUUAUAAAUUGAGGACUGAUAAAACGCUCAACUGAAGAAAAAAAGAAAAAAAAUGGGCACAACCCCAAAUCAUUAUCUGGGGUUGAAUGGUAUCAAGUCCAAGGCUCUGUCCCCCACAUAAAACUGAUGACAACAGAAGGACAUAGAACCUGAGAGCUAGACCCAAUGGUUAAGACAGCUUUACAAAUAUUAGAAUGAAGGCCCACAAAUAAUAAAAACAUACACAUAUCCCCUGACACACGCUUUUAUAGAAUUUCAGCAAAGAAUUACAACAUAGGGAGAGCAAAAAGAUGGAUAAUUAACAUGCAAACACCAACCAAACAAUGCUUACUUUUAGAGCAUGAAAAUUUGUAAGGACAGGUGCCCCCAACAUUAUGGUCAAAACACAAGACAGACGUAGGUUACAUAAAGUCCGCAGAGCCCAUACACAUAGACGUUAAGCAGGGAGCAAGAUUACCAUAUCAGAGACAAUAUCCACUCCGUCAACACGCCAUAGACGGGAUUAGACCCACCAUUACGGGCCUAGUGAAGGCAGGAGUUUUGAAAGAAACUAAGAGCUCCUGUAAUACACCCAUCUUUCCAAUAAAAAAGCCACACUCAAACGAUUAUCGAUUAGUGCAUGAUUUACAAGCAAUUAACUCCAUUGUGAACGUUCCAAAGGCAGUUGUUCCCGAUCCACAUACAUUACUUUCUAAUAUUCCCCCAGGUACCAAAUGGUUCACUGUCAUUGAUCUGUGCUCUGCCUUUUUCUCAGUCCCCCUAGACGCUGAUUCUCAGUACCUGUUUGAAGGCAAACAAAUGACCUACAUUCGGCUAUUUCAGGGAUUCUUGGACAGCCCUGCGGUGUUUAAUUGGGUGUUGGCCCAAGAUCUGCAAAACCUGCACGUUGCCAGUACCGUAGUCCAAUAUAUGGACGAUAUUUUGGUAUGUAGUAGUUCAAAGGAGCAGUGUGAGACUCUGUCACAGUGUUGAAACAGCUGGCGGAGGGAGGUCACAAGGUCAGCAGAGACAAGUUACAGUUUUGUCAGACAACAGUAGAUUAUCUGGGGAGGCGGCUUAGUAGAGAUAUGAGACAGGUAGCUUUGUCACAGAUAGAAGCCAUAGUCAACGCUCCAAAGCCUCAGACAGUGGGACAGAUGCUCACCUUGUUGGGAAUGGCGGGAUACAGUAGACCAUGGAUUUGUGACCACGCCCUCAAGACAGCACCAUUGCGUGCCCUUAUCAGGGCUGCAGGGCAGAAUAGUAAUGCUGCUACAUUGCAGUGAACCAAAGAAGCGGAGGGAGCCCGUUUGUCUCUUAAAAGUGACAUGCAGUCUACCCCCGCCCUUGGCAAUCCCGAUUACUCAAAACCAUUUCAUCUAUACGUUGCAGAAAGGUCUGGAUAUGCUACUGCUGUGUUGUUGCAAGACACGCCCAUAGGGAAACAACCAUUGGCCUAUUAUAGUAAAAAACUUGAUCAUUUAGAGGCAGGACUGCCACCCUGUUACCAGGGAUUAGCAGCCGCUGUCUUUGCGUUCAAGAAGGCUUCAUCACUAACAAUGGGACACCCAGUAACUCUGUACACGUCCCAUCAACUGUGUGCCUUACUCACAAGCACAAGAUUUGUCUUGACACAGGCCAGACGAACGGGCUGUGAGGUAAUACUAUCAGCCCCAGAACUUACCAUACAAAGGUGCGACACAGUAAACCCAGCAACUAAAAUCGUGUUAUCAGUAGAUAGGACACCACACGACUGCGUUCGUGACACCAAUAUCUUUAUGCGUGCACGCCAAGACCUGUACAAUGAGCCUUUCACAGCAGACCUCACUCUGUUCGUGGAUGGAUCUUCCUAUAGAGAUGCCGUGGGCAACCAUGCUGGCUACGGUGUUGUACAACUCAAAGAUGACACCACUUUUGAGACCAUCCAAUCUGUAAAGGUUGACCAACCAUGCUCUGCCCAAUUGGCUGAAGUCAAAGCUCUUACAGCAGCAUGUCUGUUGGCAAAGGGCAAGAGUCUUAAUGUUUACACUGACUCUGCAUAUGCAUACGGAGUAUGUCACGUGUAUGGAAACAUAUGGAAACAGAGAGGCUUCCGCAGAGCCGAUGGCACUGUAAUUAGCCAUGGACAAUCCAUCUCACAGCUGUUGGAUGGCAUGCAUGUUCCAACUGCCCUGGCCAUUAUUAAAUGCCCGGCCCACAAAAAGACUGACACUCUCAUCGCCAGAGGUAACAACUUGGCAGAUGACGUAGCCAGGCAAGCAGCAGCAGGAACGGGGGCAGUGAUGCGACCUAUACAGGUAGCGGAUGAUCCAGCCCCACUUACCACUUAAUAUUCUCUUGUGUUAGCACAAGACCGAGCUAGUCCUCAAGAAAAAGAUAUGUGGGUGAAACGUGGAGCAAUGCAACACACCCAGGAUGAACUCAACAAAGGUCUAUGGAGGAGUAUUUGUUUUACCAAGUACAUUGUCGCGCUAUGCUAUUAGGAAUGCGCAUGGUAGCGACCAUUGCGCAAGGGGGGAGAUUGUACGUAGUCUUCAAGCCGUGUGGUGGUCACCAUAUCUAACAUCUACAGUUGACAGUGUUACACAAAUGCGAAGUAUGUGCACACUACAAUGUCAGACGUUUACCGCACCCAGGGCCGUAGCACCAAAUUCUGGGCCCCUAUACAAGAAGUCCGGAAGGGCCCCCCCCCCCAGGGCCAUACCCAAACAUAUCACUGAGUCGCAGAAAAUGCCCACUGACGGGUCUUCUUGUUGGCAAAAUCCCUGAUAAGGUCCUUAAAGUCCAAUGCUCUUGCCAAUUGGCUUUCAAUCGAGAGAAGAGCAAGACUGUUCAGUCUGUCCUGGGACAUGGUGGACCUCAGGUAGUUUUUGACUAGCUUCAUUUUGCUGAAAGCCCGUUCUCCGCCAGCAACACUUACGGGUAGGGUGCAGAAAAUCCUCAAUGCUAUACAGAUUUCUCCAAAAAUGCUCUGUAGUUGGAGAUUAUAAAUGGCAUUAAGGAGCUGAAGAGGUGACAGGUCUUGAGGAAAUGUUGCCUGAUGUAUUUUUUUCAGGUGCAAAACUUCCUCCUCGAAUCCAGCUGUGAGAUCCUUUGGAUAUGCUCUUGUAAGAGUCUGGCAUGACACUUUUGUUUGUUCUUCUGACAUAUCAGCAAACUUCAGAAUCGGUCCAAAAGUUGCUACAAGGUUGCUACAGUCAUUCAAGUCAAACUAGUUUAUUUCUGCUUUCAUGUUGAACUAA